AAUAAAAUAUAAAACACGUGAAUGUCUUUAGUCAUUUCCUCCCUUCACCUCCUCACAUUUUAUAUGUCAGUUUUCAUUGUUUAUGUUGUGACUGAAAUUUGUGUAAUGCUAUUUUGUGUAAUAAAUGGCUAAGCCUGUAAAGAUUAAUUUUUAUAAAAUAUUUUUUUUAUAAACUGAAUUUCGGGGAACUCCGGAUGUUGCUUGAGAUACCUCUAAUCAAAUCAAGUUAAUUCUUGCCAAGUUAGGAUGGAGCGUAUGAAUAAUCUAAAUAAAAUUGCUGAAAAAGAGAAUUUCAGAGAAGAUGGUACUAGCUCUGUCAUGUCAGAUACUGAUGAAGACCCAUCUUUACGAACGUAUUUAACAUUCCGAGAACAACUCCGCCACAUCUUAGAAUCGCAUAAAUUUCAGAUAGGGAUCAUUGCGUUAGUUUUACUUGACAGUUUAAUCGUCAUUACUGAAUUGAUAUUAGAGGGAAGGCAUGAUGAAUUACACAGCAAUAUUCCACAUGCUUUACAUUACAUGAGUAUUACCAUAUUAAGUAUCUUCAUCAUUGAAAUUUUAAUUAAAGUGUACGCUUUUGGUCUGGAGUUUUUUCGUCAUAAACUUGAAAUUUUUGAUGCAUGCAUGGUGUUCCUAUCAUUUGGUCUUGACCUUACGUUUUGGAAUCAAACUGGAGUAACUUUGAUAAUUGUUCUUCGUCUUUGGAGAAUUGUUCGAAUUUUGAAUGGUAUAAUAAUGUCUGUUAAAAUAGAAUCUGACCAUAAACUUUCCAAAGAAAGACAAUUAAAAGAAGGUGUUGAACAAGAACUUACAAAAUGCCGUCUCUAUUCAAAUGCUUUGGAACAGGAAGUUGAAACUCUAAGGUCUCUUCUCAAGAAACAUGGAAUAAAAGAAGUGCCUCCAUCUGUUGUCUCUGACUUUGAACAAAAUACUAUUAGUGUUGUUGCUGAAGUAAACCAAAUAUUACCUGUUUGAAGUAAUUUCUAUAAAGUAUUCUCUCAACAUUGAAGUAAUAGAAUUUCAUGAGUCUUACUAAUCUGUUAAUUUAUGCCUCAAGUUAUGGAAUUCAGGAUGCUGUUGAUGUAUUCAAGUUGAUUGUUUAGCAGAAGUUAUAUCUGCAAGUAAUUAUGCCAAAUUAAUUGUUAUCUUUGAUAUUAUAUUAGACUGUUUUUGGAUUUGAUCAGAUUUUAAUGAUUAUUAUCCAGUUUAUUUGGGGAUAAGCCAAGUCGUGUAUUGAUAAUAGAUUUGUUAUAUUGGUGUUUCUUGUAGAGAAGUAUAUUUUUUUAAAUGUUUAAAAUGCUAUUAAAUUGUCUUAUUUCAUAUGAAUAUUUUAUAUACAAUUUAUUUCAUAAUAAUGUUUAUCAUUUUUAAAUUUUAUAUUAUUUUAUAAGUACUAUGCAGAAUCUCUUCUAUCACUUUAUUUUUUUUCUUCUUUUAUUCAUGGGUUUCUUCUUCCUAAAUUAUGCCUAUUUAUAAAGUGAAAUGGAGGAUAAUGAUAUGCUUUAAAUGAUAUAUAUUAUACUCUUGUUAUUUAAUGCUUGUUGCUUUUGUCAUUGUAAUGAUACUUAUUUUUAUAUUUAUAAUGAAUGUUGUGCUAAACUGCUUGUGUUAAUUAACAUUUUAAUGUAUUAAUUUCCAAAUUCCAAUAUCAAUCUUCAAACUCAUGUUUGGGUGGACAUGGAAAUCUAUUCUCUGUGCAUGAUUAUCAGUGAUUGAAAUAAAGAAAGACAAACUUAUGUCUCGGAAAAAUAUUCGAGAUGUAUGAUAGUUAUGAUUUUGGAUGAGCAUUUAAUGAUCUUAAGCAGGUAUUUGUUUAUUCUAUUACAGUAGAACCUCGAUCGAUCCUUUCUCAUUGAACUAUUCAUUAUUCAUAAUGGAUAUGGAAAAAUGAUGAAUACGGGUCAAAUUAAAAUAAUAAUUACUUAAGAAAGUAUGAAAAGUAAUAAAGAAGUAAUAGACCUAAAAAGUAAUAAAUGUUUGAUAAGUUUAAAGAACUUUAAUUGUUAAAAAUCUGUACUUACAUUAAAUGCAAAAGAACAAUGAAAAAUUAUGUACUUAAGGUGCAAAAAAGGUGAAUAUUUAAAAAUAUUGGUUUGAACUCUUUUUUUUCUUUCUCUUUCCUCUACACAAACAAUAAAUUUUCGACUUUUUGCAACGGAUUGCUGAUCAUUUUCUGUAAGUUCCUGUGAUUGCAGAAAGUUCUGCAGAUGUUAACACUAGUUGUGGCACCAUUUCCCCAUUUUCAUAGCAUCACUGUGCACUUCAACUUCUGCAACCAUUUCUAGUAUGGGCUAUAAAUUUCAACAUUAUUAUAAUUUGAUGCGUAAACAACAAAUGAGAUGUUUAAGGAGUUUUCUUCUUCAUCCUUAGUAUUGGGAGUUAUUUUUUUCUUGAAUUUUUGUUUUAAAUGUCAGUAAAAUUUCUGAACGACUGAUUCAAGAAAUCUUCUAAGUUUAAAAUAAAAAUGAUCUAACCGGGUUUUAUUUACUUUUUUAAAAAUAGCAUUUGUGAUGGGACCAUUAAAUAAGAUGAUACAUACGAGAACACAAACGAUGCAGGAAGGAUGGAUCGAGAUUUGACUGUAUGUAUUCUGAAGAGGCUAAAGCUUAUUAUCCAAUUACAUUGCUCUGUAAUUAAUCUGGAUUACAACUUACACAUAAAUCUGGAUUAAAACUAACAGUUUUGAAUAUAUUUUGUAGUGUCUUAAAUCAUAGUAUUGAUUUAAUAUUCUAAGUAUUAUGACUCUUAGCAAAAUUAUGAAGGAUUUACUUUGUUAUAUACUACUUUCUCUUUAUAUGUUGUAAGUAGUGCUGUUUUUGCUUAAAGUUUUGAAAAAGCAGGAAAUAAUGCCCGGAGAGUUAAGAAUAAUCUUAUAUAUAAUAAAUUGUUUUAUGAUAUCCUGCUCAAAUAAUUGCUCAAAAUAUUUUUGCCAAAGUUGUUUUUUGUAAAUGUUUACUAAUGUUCCCUACAUUUUAUAAUAAAAUGUCUAACGUGUAUGAUAAAUAUGAAAAAAAAAAGUAUGAAAUCUGCAAUGCAAUAUUUGUUUACAUGUUCUUGUUUGUGGAAGAAAAUUGAAAUGUUGAACAAAUAUUCUUGAGUUAAGCAAGAUUUUGCAAGAACGGUUAAGUAAUUUCUUCAUGCCAUUUAUUUCAUCUUCAAAAAAAUUUUUUUUUUCUAAAUAUUUUUAGGAGCUGAGAGAUUAAAACAGUGAUCUCAAUUAAAUUAGGUAAUCAUCAGUUUAAAUUCAAUUCAAGAAUCAAAUAGAUCAAAGUAGAAUCAAAUUCAAUCAAAUAGGGUAAAAAUAAAAUUCAAAUUAAGUAUUAGAAUUCUAUAUAUUAAAAUUCUGCUUAAUAUUUUUUUAAAAAUUUACUUUUUUAAUUACCACUUAGAAAAAUAUUCUUCAUUGAACUUUAGAGGAAAAAAUAAACUUUUUUAAAACUUAAUUUUUUAUAGUUGGGAAAUUAUGUGAGUGAUAAUUUAAACUGAAAUAAGUUUAGGAAAUUAAAAUGUUCUUUUUUUUUUUAAGUUGAAUUUAAAUAUAUUUCCUUAUGAAAACACUAAAACUUCUAAUUAAUCGGAAUUAUCAAUCGUGCUGAUUUCAUUAUGUAUUAAUGCAAAUAAAAUUUUUUAGAUUAGUAAAAUAAUAUUUUAUAAUACAGUAUUCUACAUUUAUUAGAGAAACAGUUAAAAGUAACACAUAUUAUGAGGAAAUAAAUCCAAAUAAAUAGCUGUAUAAAAAAUGAGUGAUUCAUUGAUUGAUUGCGCUUUGUGACUUGACAUAUUUUUUUUGAAUUGUUAUAUAUUGACAAACAUUUUAAGGAGUUAUGUCCUAAAUAUUUUUCUAUUUAUUGUUAAAGUAUUUUUCUAAAGUGUAUGGUGUUUGUUACUAUUAAUUGUUUCUACAAACUUCAGUAUCUUGAUUUUUAUUUUAUAUUUUUUUAAUCCAAUAACACACAUACCUGUUAAUAAAACAUACAGUUUCAGUGCUUAUUAGCAUUAAAAUGUUUUAUAAUAUUCAUAAAAAGUACAGUACUUUUUUUACAAAUGUGUCAUAUUUAAUAAUGAAUUUAAUUCUGGUUUAUAAAUUUUUAAAUGAUAUUUAUUUUGCUACUUAAUGUGUGACAACUUUUUAUUUAAGUGAUUUCAUAUUAUUUUUCCAUCAAGAAGUUUGAAAUGGAAAAAAAUAAUUGUUCUUAAUUUUCUUUCUUUUGGGUUUCAUUUUACAGUUGUUUAUAUUCAAAUGUAGAAAUAUUAUUUGAAAGCAUUAGUACAAAUGAUAACUUAAAUAGUAUGCAAGAAAUAAUAUUAGAAUAUAAGAAGAUUUAAAUUACGUCACAUCACCAUGAAAUCUCAGUGUUCUAUGAUUUAUCAUGUUAUUUUUUCUAUUUAAACUAAUUUACAUUUCACAUUGGUCAAUGUUUCUGUUACUCAAAUAGGAUUUGCCAACUGUAAUAUAUAAUAGUUGUUGUUAUUAAUUAUACUUGUGACAUUAUCAUUAUUGAUAAUACUCUCAUCACUAAUUAGUUCAAUAUUUAUUGUUAUAGAUGAUUACAUUAUUGGCAACCUUAUAUAAUUAUAAUAUUAAUAAUAUAAUCUUACUCUCCAUUAACCCUUUCGCGCCGACUGCCAUAUAUACGUGCCAGCAAGAAACGCACUCACUUCCCGGCUGACAUACCCAUGUGCCGGAGCGUUUUCUCGUUCACCCUCGGCCGUCACUCAUUUCUGCCAGCGUUUUGGAACGUUUUAAAAAAUAAAAUUUCUUCCAAAAGAUGGCAUUGUAUGUCCAUAUGAUUUCAGAUACAAUGUAGAUUUGAUUUUCUACUCAAGAUGAGAGUACAUUCACAUAGUUUUUAGGGGGAAGGAAUGUUUUAUGACGGCUCUUUAAAUUCACAUGUGGUAUUUGUUUACAGUGAGCAGGGGAGGUUUUUUUUCGCUACUUUCGAUUUUCGGUUUAGUUUUUAGUCGAUAGUUAGAUCUUGUAGAUCCCUGUUUUAAAAUUUUUCCUACGAAGAAAGAACUUUAAGUCAUAUAUUUAGUUUUCAGAUAUGUAAUGUUAAAUGUUAUUAAAUGAUAAGUACAUAAUGAAAAUAAAAUGUGUAAAAUAUAUAUUUAACUAAGAAAUAACUUAAGUGAAUAAAGUAUCCAGAGAAAUAUAUAUAAAGCAUAUGUUAUUUAAAUAUUCUACAGAAUAAUAUUAAACAACGCGUUGAUAUUUCGGUAAUUUCAUGGAAUUAGGCUUAACAGCAAAAAACCCUCCGGCCCUGGAGAGACACAUGCGAGAGAGACUGCCGGCCUCAGCGGUAAGCGCGCUUCCCCUCGCGAAAGGGUUAAGAAACAUUAAAUAACGUUUAUCUGUCUUUUCAGUACUGGGCAAUAUUGAAAUCUGGAUUUAUUGUCAAAAAAUAUAGAUAUUCCACUAUUUAUAGGGAUAUUUUUCCAUUUUAUUAACAUAUUAUUUUUUUUUACAUUGGUUACUAUCUUUGUUAUCCAAAUGAGAUUUGUCGAAAUUCACACUAUCAUAUUAGAUAAUUGUUAACGAUAAUAUUUCUGAUAUUAUUGCGUCUAUAAAUAUCACAGUAUUGUCAGGUUAAGUAAUUAUCAUUUCUAAUGAUACUCACAGCACUAUUGUAUUUGGUUUUUACCAAAUACAAUAGUGUCGAUAAAUAUCACAUAUUUGAAUACUAUCCUAACAGAAGGUAUUCACAAUGUAUCUUGAGAAUACUUUUUAAAUUAUUAUUACUAGGACCUUUAAAAAAAAUCGAUAUUUCAUGACAUAUCCCUCAGAUAUGCUGUUUGUAUCUAACAAGUUAGUUCCAAAUAUAUUUUUAUAAAUCCAGUAUAUUUUUAAUAGUAAUAGGCAUAACGUUUGAUAAAUAUUUUUUUAACAUUUAGAACUGACAUGUUUGAAUGCACAGUUAAGAAGUGACUUUUAUGUGUAAAAAUGUUUAUAUUAAUGUUUGUUAUCGUACAGUUACAUUCUUUGUAAAGUUAUUUUGCUAGUUGUCAGUUUUCUAUCUAAUGGAACUAUACAAAUCAUCUAUUUGUAAUUUAUUGGGUGCAGUCAAUAGAUAUCGUGUCAGAUGCUAUUUUAUGUUAUUUAUUUGGUAGGACUCAGAAAUAUUGUAUCAGAAAUAUUUGCCCCAUUAUUACAAAAGUCAGAAUGCAUUGCUGGUGAAAAACAAAUCGCUAAUGUGUUUGAACCAGUUGCUGAUGUAGGGGAAAGUCUUGUACUUUGGACCACAUAUACUAGAACAAGUGUAAUGCUUUGGUCCCCCCACGGAAUAAAUUCAGCUUUUGGUAUAUGCAGUUAAUACAUAUAAUCAAUGUACUAUCUGCUGUGUUGUGAACCAUAUAAGGUUUUCCAUGCAUGUGUUAGAGAACUUUUUUUUGUUUUUGAUUUUCAACAAUCAAAUAGUUUUUUUCAAUCAGUUUAAGUUGAAAAUAAAAACCUUUAAAAAUAACAUUUAAAAACAGAAUUAAGGUAGAUAAGUAUCAAAAUGUCAUUUUGAUACUUAUCUACCUGUUUAGGCAGAGGGGUGCGACUGUUCUUGUUUUCCAGUGGCGCCAUACGUCACACCCAUUUAUAGGGCGAAAACAUUCAUUUAUCCACAGAUCGUCAUUUAGACCUGAAGCAGAGAUCUAUCAAUCUCCAAUCCAGUACCCCCAGAGGUAUUGAUUUGUUAUGGGAACAUGGAGGACUUUGCUACUUGACAGAUUUAAUGUGCAUUAGUCACCAUUUACUACACGGGGUGUCUUCGGCCAGUGGGGUUCGAGCCAACGAGCUCUCGGACAUGGGCCCAGCGCCGUACCAACCGAUUCUAUCAUUUGUGGGGUUAUUAGCUUGUUGAACAGUAAAGAGUUUCUCAUAAGUGAAAAGAAAUCUCUAUCGGCACUCUCUUGAUCCCUAUUACUGAAAAUUUCAAUAAGCAUUUGUGCUCUUGCAUUGCUGUAAAAGGUAGUCACUUUGAAACCAAUUGAAUUUAUUAGUUAAAAUCUGCUCUUAUUUAUUAUAUUUUGUUAAUUAAUUUAUUUUUAAUCAAGUUAUAUUAAAAAUUGUUUGUCUGGGUUUUGAACUCUUAAUUUGCUUUUGCUGUAUUUGCUUAAUUUGCUUUUGGUAAAUAAUUAAAAUGUAUUUAAGCAUUAAAAUUAAUUUAGACAUAAAUCAAACCAAUAAUGUAUUCUUGCCAAAGGUGUCAAAAUAAAGUUAACAAAAUUGCCUAUAUUCUUACUGAACAAUUGACGUGUACAAUAUUGAAGUGAAAAAAGUAAUAUAGAAGUAAUAAAUAUGAUUAAAAUUUAGAACUAGAAAAAAAUUAGUUUCAUAGAUAUUUCAUUUUCAUCAGAGCAAAUCUGUUUAGAAUGCACCACAGAUAUGAAUUUAUAGUGAUAUUAACUUCACACACUGAAGUAGAUCAAAGGGAAAUGGGGAUGAACAAGAGAAUUAAUUUCGGAAGUACUGUCAGGAGUAAAAUUACAAAACUCCUAUUCAUCUAUAUCUCACUUAAGUGCGCUUGUUAAAAGUUAGAAAAACUUGGUUUUUAGAUAAGUGCAAAAAUUUGUAAAAUUUUUUUUUCUUCAAUUUAUUUAAAAGAAAUUAUUUUUUCUCUACACUUGUGCAAUUUUAUGUUUAGGACAUGACAUUAUAUUUUUGAUUUACUUUGAUUUUUAAUGCAUAAUUUAUUUAAACUGUUAUACUUUGUAUAGUUACAAUUUCAGUCAUAGUUUCAAUUUAAGCUGUUGUCGCAUAAUUAAGUUUGGAUAACUCUGAAUUCAUUUUUUUUAUAAGAGACUUGUUAAAUAUGUUUUUGAAGUGUGUAUGUCUUAAAAACUAAUCAUGUGAAAUUGCUGCACCAUAAACAGAACUUCUUUGCUGUGUUUUUAAUAUAUGAUUUUGGUCUGAUGAUGAUAAAUCUUGUAUGAUUUACCAGUCAUUGUUGUUAAAGAAUUUGUUCCCGUAAACUAAAACAGCUAUGCCAGGUUUUUAAAAUAUUACUUUUGGUCUCUGGUAAGUCCCUAAACUUCACAGUGAAAGAGAUUUGUUCCCAUUUUCGUUUUACUCGGGAAAUAUCAGGUUAUCAAAAACAAUCUUGAAAAAACCUUACAAAGCUACUCCUAUGUAGAGUACUUAUAUGUUUAAACCUAUCUCAUUUAAAAAGAAAACAUAAAAAUUUCAAAUGAUUUCAAGAAAACACUUCUUAUGUUAUCCCCCAUGCAAUCGUCCAAAGUUUUUGUACAUUUUCUGAUUUUAAAGUAUUAUUUUUGAAGGAAAUAAAGCAUAUCAAGAUUUUUUUGUUGAUAUAUAGCACACUGAUUAGUAAUUUUUCCAAAAUCUAUAAAAUAACCUUUAUGUAUUUGUUUAGUUUUUUUUUGUAUGUUGUAUUUGUUUAAUUUAUAUUAAUUUUCUUAUUAAAGUGUGAUGCAAUAUGAGGAGUUAAAAAUUAUAAGCUACAGUUGUUAUCUAUGGAAUAGUGUAACAACCCAUAAAACUUCAAUUUCCUUUUUUAUGUGCUGUAUUUAAAUGUAUUUUUUUAUCAACUGCAAAGUAUAAUAAGCUGCAAUUAUUUUUAUGUAUGAGAUGUUUUAAUGACUAAUGAUCUCUUAUUUAUUUUAAAAUGGGUUAGUUUUUACUAACUCAUUCAUGUCUUUUUGAUUGUGCAUUAGUGUGUAUUUCAAAAAACUUUUUAAAAUUUCAAGUUGAUAAAAAUGUGUUAUUAUGAUCACAUAUUUACUGAAUUUUU